GGCGUCAAAACUUGUGUCUAGUUCUUUUUUAUAUAAAGAGGAACCAACUCUUCAUUUUCAGUCUUCAAACUCUUCUUUUUUUUCAACAUAUUGAUGAGUUAUAAUAAAAGCACAUCGGCCGAUUACAUAGAUAUACAAGUUUGGAAGUCGUCAUCAACAGAAUUUUAAACCCUCGCCUAAAAAAACCAUACUCUUUAUUUUUGUGCUUCUUUUUUAAAUAAUAAAUAAUAUAAUAAAAAUACAUAUAUUACACUGUACCAUAUUUCCAUUCCCAUUUGCAAUAAUCCCUUUUUCUUUAAAACAAAUACUUUACAAUGUCUUUGUUGCUUAGACGUUCUUUCGUCAAUCCCUCCUCAAUUUCCAUCACAAAAGCACUCUUUAUCACUUCAUUACAGAAGUGCGGGCUUGCGACGGUCUCAGACAAGCCGUUUACUAUUUCCAGCCCUCCGCCAGCUCCUUAUGCUAACGUCAAUACUAAGCCGCCUAAGGCGGCUUUAAAACUCCGGUCCGGUGAAGUUUUUCACGGUACUUCCUUUGGAGCCAAUAUUCCCGUUUCCGGGGAAAUCGUCUUCACAACUUCUGUUGUAGGGUAUCCUGAAUCAAUGACUGAUCCUUCUUAUCGUGGUCAAAUCUUGGUGUUCACCCAACCAUUAAUUGGAAAUUAUGGUGUCCCAGGGCUUUUUAAGGACCAGUACGGACUCCUUAAAUAUUUCGAGUCUGAUCGCAUACAGUGUGAAGCUAUAGUCGUCAACGACUAUGCAACACGCUAUUCACAUUGGACGGCAGUGGAAUCUUUAGGUGAAUGGUGCUCAAGACACGGCGUUCCUGCAAUUACAGGUGUUGACACUCGGGCAAUCGUCCAUAUUCUUAGGGAUCAAGGAUCAACCCUCUCAAAAUUGAUCGUCGGUGACGAUGCGGCGAAUGAGAAUUUCAACAAAAUUCCAUACACUGAUCCUAACACUAGAAAUCUUGUUUCUGAAGUUAGUACGGCUGUUCCCGUCUCUUAUAAUCCCUAUGGCGACAUCAAGAUCGCCGUCGUUGACUGUGGUGUCAAACACAACAUUCUACGAAGUUUAGUUAAACGCGGCGCGGCCGUCACAGUUUUGCCAUGGAAUUUUGACUUUAAUAAGAUCUCUGAUCAAUUCGAUGGAAUCUUUAUUUCAAAUGGUCCCGGAAAUCCGAUGAAAGCAAUGGAAACUGUUUCAAAUCUUCGCAAGGCCAUGAAUUCAUACAAACGGCCAAUGUUUGGUAUUUGUAUGGGAAAUUUAUUGAUGGGAAUGGCAGCUGGACUUGACGUCCGAAAGCUUCGAUUCGGGAAUCGUGCACAUAAUGUUCCAGCAUUAAACAUGGUGAAUGGCAAGUGCCAAAUUACUUCUCAAAAUCAUGGUUAUGCGCUUGUUGAUGACAAGUUUCCCCCAUCUUGGAAAAAAUACUACGUUAAUGUUAAUGACGGGUCAAACGAGGGUAUUAUCCACAAGACCCUUCCGUACAGAAGUGUUCAAUUUCAUCCAGAAGCUAAGGGAGGACCAGAGGACACAGAAUUUCUCUUUGACGAGUUCAUUGAUCAAAUUCGUUCUGAAAAAGUCAAACGAGAAGGGACUAAAUUCUUUGUUCCCGAAACGAUUGAUCACCGAACAGCACAAGUUGCUUAAUUCGUUCCAAAAAUCUUGGGAAUAAUCAUCUUGAAAGAACAUUUUUCUUUUCUUUUUUCUUUUCUUCAAAUUUAUUUUAAUUUUAGAUUUGCAAAAUUAUAUCCAUAUUUUCUUUUAUAUUUUCUCUAAUCAUGUGAACAUUUUAGUUAAUAAAGACAUUAUCAUUGUUUGUAAAUAA